AAAGACCCCUUUUUAUAGUGCCAAAAUAGGCUCCAAUGGACCAAUACAUUAAAGGGGUGAUUGGCUUGACUUAUGGGAUUGAAUAAAUUUGGGAUCUGCAGGAUAUUGGCUUCCCAGCGAUGUAUGGACCUUACCCAUCGCUAGUAGGCCAAUUUUCCUUCAGUUUUGAAGCCAACGGUCACCUACCCAUCGAUGGGUACAUGCUUCCCAUCGCUGGGUGGGAGGUUGACUUCCAAACAUGGAAAGAAUCAACCUUAAGCCUUCCCAUCGCUGGGUUCCCAUCGAUGGGUAAAGCUUCCCAUCGCUGGAUUGAUCUUCUACACUCCAAGGCGAGCUUAUCCAUCCUGAAUUCCAGCGGCGUUGUUCAAGUUUUGGGAGACAACGAACUACCUAGGAUGGCGAAGGGCAAGAAGAAGGAGCGUAGACCUCCACCUCCCACUCCUCCAAACAAGAAAGACCUGCGUAACUUUCUUCGUCACAUGGAGGACGAGUCUGGGGAUGGAGGUGACAUUGUGGAUUGUGCUGAAAAUUUGGAUAACUAUCCAGCCAUUACUGAGGAGGAUUUUCUUCCUUGCACUAAACCUGGUAAGGUCACGAUUGAAGAUGAUGAUGGCUCUGAUUCCCAGACCCCCUCCCUUGAUGAGGAGAGGAUUGAGCAAGAUUUGCAGAAGGAUAAGAGUGGAAUUUACAAUACUGAAAGUCCCUUACCCAGUGAUGCUACUGCUGGGAAGGCAGACAAUGGGAAAAACACUGGAAAUGAUAUUGGGAAGACUCAUGAGAAAACUCCACCUGGAAACAAUGAUGGCAAUGUACCCGGUAAUAAAGUGGAUACACUAGCUGAGAAGAAAAGCUUUGCUUCACUUUUUGAAAAGAACAGGUCUGAGGAUAAAGGUAUGAAACUCCACCAGGUGGAAAUGACUGAGGAUGAGGAGGUGUUUAUCCAGCCUGAGGAUGUGACCCCAAUGGAGGAAUUAUGGGGACCUUGCUUGGUUGGUUGUUUCACUGGCAGAUUCCCUGGGCUGGCACCUAUUCAAACUUUGGUGGAGUCCUGGAAAGUACCUUGCCAAUUCCUCCCUCAUCAUAAGGGCUGGGUGGUCUUCAAAUUCCUGAAUAAUGAAGACAGAGACUCAAUCUUACAUAGGGAUGACCACAGAAUCAACAACAAGAAGCUAUUACUCAACAUUCCACAGGAUGGAUUCAUGUGGAAUGCAAAAUCUUUCUCAACCAUGCCAGUUUGGGUGAAACUCAUGGAUGUCCCUAUGCAGUUUUGGGGUCCUAACAGCUUGUCUAAGAUUGCUUCAAAACUUGGAAGACCACUCUUCAUAGAUGGUCUGACUAACAAGGUUGCCUCCAAACUUACUGUGGAGAAGGACCCAGAGGACAAUCUGGCCUACAAGAAACCCAAUUUCUGUAGAGUUCUCAUUCAUAUGGAUCUCUCCAAACCUCCCCCUUCCUGUGUGAAGGUCAAUUUUGUUGGAGGCAGCUAUUCACAAUUUGUGGAGUAUGAGGAUCUCCCCCUCUACUGCUAUCAUUGUGAGAAAUUUGGGCAUACUCCUUUUGACUGUGUUCAACUUUUUGAAAUGGAAAGGAAGAAGGAGCAGGAGGAACAGAGGGACAGGGAGAAGGCCAGAGUGGAAGUCCUGAAAACCAGAACUGAAACUAGGGACAAACAGGAUGGCAAGCUGGGGCAGGACAAAUAUCAUGGCAAACAAAAGGAGGGGUUGGAGCAUACUAAUGCUCAGAAAGCCCAUGCUAACCCUGAUGAACCCUCACCUUCAUUCACUAGGAAGGAUGACAAUGAUGGAUUCACACUGAAAACUUUUCACAUUACAUUUGUUUUUGCCUUAUACAAUGUAAGUGUGAGAAGGAACCUCUGGGACAGACUUACUGAUAUUGCUGGCAGAAUCAACACUCCCUGGGCUAUUAUGGGGGAUUUCAAUGCUGUUUUGGAUUCUAGUGAGAGGAUUCACUGUCAUACCUAUGCUUAUGAUAUGACUGCCCUCUUAGAGUUUAGACGCAAUAAUGAUCUUCUUGAUGCUAAGGCUACUGGUAUGCAAUUCACUUGGAAUAGAGGAAGCAAGUGGGCUAAGCUUGACAGGGUCUUGGUUAACUGUGAAUGGGACCUCCUUCAUUGGGACUGCUGGGCUGACUUUAAACCCAUGGAAUUCCAAUCUGAUCACUGCCCUGUGAUUUGGGAUACUAGAAUUACUAGCACUAGACAAUUCAGAUUAUGCAUGAAACUCAAAUUGUUGAAACACCCUUUGAAACAACUCAAUAAGGAGUUUGGUCACAUCUCUACCAGAGCUGAGAAUGCAAGAAGCUCCUACUCAGAAAUGAUGACCAGGCUUAUGACUGAUCCACAUAACUCAGCCCUCAUUGAACAAGCUGCCAGCCUUAGGAAAAAGGCAACCUUUUACAGUGAUGCUGAGAGAUCCUUUUUCUUACAGAAGGUGAAAUGCACUUUUAUCAAUGAGGGUGACAAAUGCACCAAGUUCUUCCAUGCUAUGAUGAAGAAACAGAAGGUGCUGAGUUCCAUCCGCUUUAUUAUCACAAGCCAAGGUUCUACCACAACAUCUUCUGAAACUAUUGUUGAGGAAUUUAUUGACCACUAUAGCAACAUUUUUGGUAACACAGUGCCCACAACCCCCACUGACUGGAAUGUUUUUAGGGAGGGCCCCCUUGUACCACAUCAUGAAAUCCAAAAUUUGAUCAAGCUUGUUGACAGAUCUGAGGUUAAAGAAGCACUGUUCAGCAUUGGGAAUGAGAAAUCACCUGGACCUGAUGGCUACACUGCUGCUUUCUUUAAACAGAAAUGGGAUAUUGUUGGAAAUAGCCUUUGUGAGGCCGUGUCUGAGUUCUUUAAUAGUGGAAGACUUCUCAAGCAAAUUAAUCAUGCAACUGUGGUUCUAAUUCCCAAGGUUAAGGAGAACCCCACUGCCAAAAAUUAUAGACCAAUUGCAUGUUCAAAUGUGCUCUAUAAAGUUAUCACAAAGAUCCUGUCUAAUAGGAUGGCUCCCAUCCUCCCUGAUCUUAUUAACCCUGCACAGGCAGCUUUUAUCAAGGGCAGAAGCAUGGUGGAUAAUAUUCUUUUGGCUCAACAUUUGGGUGACCCAAUGGCACCCACUUUGUUCUUAUUCUGUAUGGAGUACUUCUCAAGGUUGAUCAGGAGGAUGCUGGGGAACAAGGAUUCUGUUACUGUCCUGGCCAACACUAUCCAGAAUUUCUCUCAAGUAUCUGGCCUUUUCGUUAAUCCCCUCAAAUCCAACAUCUUUUUGGCUGGAGAAAUCAAGGACAGCAAGUCUGACCUCUUGUCCUUGGUUUCCUUCCCUGAGGGGAAACUUCCUGUCAGAUACUUAGGACUCCCUUUGACUUCUCAUAGAGCUUCAGAAAGAGACUUUGCCCCCUUUAUUGCCAAAGUUUCUGCUGGCAGACUGGAAUUGAUCAGAAGUGUGAUUCAAGGUAUUGAGGGUUUCUGGUUUCAGGCUUUCCCCAUUCACAAAUCUGUUUUGGAUAGAAUCACUACCCUCUGCAGAGCUUUCUUAUGGGGAAGUAAAUUCUGUAAAGUGGCCUGGGAUUACAUCUGUAAACCCAAAGAUGAAGGGGGUUUGGGACUCAGAAACUCAACUAUUUGGAACCAAGCACUACUGGCUAAGUGCUUCUGGAACAUUGCAGCAAAUAAGGAAACCUUAUGGAUACAAUGGGUGCAUUCUGUUUACCUCCAGGGCAGUGAUUUUUGGACCUGGAAUCCUAGCAAAAAGGAUUCACACUUCUUCAAGAAGAUUGCUGAGAUUAGGGACUCUCUUUUGCAAAAGUGUGGUGAUAGAUUCAUGACUGAAGACAAUUUGUGUGACAUGGGGGACAUUAAAGCCACCAAGGUCUAUGAUCUUUUGAGGUCCAAGGGAAACAUUAGACCUUGGAUGAAAGCAACUUGGAAGCCUUAUAUCCCUCCUAGAUACUCCUUCACUGUUUGGCUUACCCUACGAGGAAGACUUCCUACAAAAAUGAAUCUCCAUUUCCUACAGAUGGAUAAUAGGAAUUGUGAGUUCUGCCAUACUGAAGAGGAAACUUCCCAGCACCUUUUCUUCCUUUGUGAGAAUACUGCUCUCAUUUGGGGAGCCAUCAGAAACUGGCUUAAUAUUGCACCAGCCUUAUCCACACUUGAGAGAGCCAUUGAAUGGGUUGGAAGACAGAGACAUAGUCAUUGUGCUAAGAGGAAAAUGUGGAGGCUGGCAAUCAUGUGCACUGUCUAUACCAUCUGGAGAAGCAGAAAUGGAUGCUACUUUGACCAUGAAGAAUUCAACACUGAUACUAUCAUUUACAAAAUCAAAGUGGGUGUUUAUAAGGUGAUGCAGAGAUUAUACCCCCAGGAACCCCUAAUCCUUUGAUUGCUCUGCUUGUGACCAGCCUCUGGUGAUACUACUUUGUUUGGGUUCCCUUUGAACCAAGGUAAAGUCUUUUCUGAGGAUACCUUGGUUCUAAACUUUGUGAUUUUUCCCUCACCUCCAAUGAUAACUCUGUGUUUGAGGAGUGGUUGAUCAUUGCCUGACUGCUUGGGGUGGUGGAAAUGAAGUUAACCCUUUAAC